CUAUUCAAGCUCAAGCGUGAAGAGAUUAAGGAGGACUCUGAUCAUCGUUAUAUUAGUAGUGCUAACGUUACUGCUUUACCUAUGUGCAAAAACUUUACGUAAUAGGAGAAAGCUUAGGAGAAACGGAAUAUUAUCAGUACAUCAAGAAAGUACUACUAAUGAACAUAGCAGGGAGGAUCUGGACUUACCACUGUUUGAUUUUGUGAUGAUCGCCAGUGCCACUAAUAAUUUCUCCGAAAGAAAUAAGCUUGGAGAGGGCGGCUUUGGACCUGUCUAUAAGGGAACAUUGAACGAUGGACAAGAUAUAGCCGUAAAGAGGCUCUCGAAGACAUCAAAACAAGGACUAAAUGAGUUCAAGAAUGAGGUUUCAUGCAUAGCCAAACUCCAGCACCGGAACCUUGUGAGGCUUCUAGGAUGCUGCAUUGAAGAAGGAGAAAUGCUGUUAAUAUAUGAAUACAUGCCCAACAAAAGUUUAGAUUCCAUCAUUUUUGACAAAGAACUAAGUAAGCUAUUAGACUGGCAACAACGCUACGAUGUCAUUAAAGGCAUUGCUAGAGGGAUUCUUUAUCUGCACCAGGACUCUAGGCUGAGAAUCAUUCAUCGAGAUCUCAAAUCGAGCAAUAUAUUGCUGGAUGUUGAGAUGAACCCGAGAAUCUCAGACUUUGGAAUGGCUAGAAGUUUUGGCGGAAGUGAAAGGGAAACGAAUACCACAAGAGUGGUUGGAACAUUCGGUUACAUGUCUCCAGAGUAUGCACUCGAUGGAAUGUUUUCGGUUAAAUCUGAUGUCUAUAGCUUCGGUGUAAUAGUCAUAGAGAUACUCAGCGGUAUGAAAAUGAGAGGUUUCUAUCAAUCAGAUCCCAGCCUAAACCUUCUUGGUUAUGCAUGGAAACUAUACAAAGAUAGCAAUUUUCUGGAACUAGUUGCAGAGGACAUCGUAGAAAACUGCAGUUCUUCGGAAGCUCUUCGUGUCGUCCAAAUCGGAUUAUUGUGUGUUCAACCACAUCCAGAAGACAGGCCAAGCAUGUCAACGGUGGUGUUAAUGCUAUGUAGUGAAAUCACACUUCCUGAGCCUAGACAGCCAGGGUUCUUCACAGAGAGGAUACCUCUUAAUUCAGAUUCUUCAACUAGCAAUGUCCAUGAAUCAUCUUUAUCCACUGGAUCAUGUAUCAAAGCUUUAGUCCCGAGAUAGUUGACUUGGUUUCAUAUUUGUAUAGUAAUUUUAAUAUUUUGUUAAUAAUUCUGCAUUUCUGUGUUUCGUCCACAUGGAGCAGAAUCCGGACAUUGAUGUACAUUUUAAGACA